CUUCCCCAUACCUUCCGUUUCGUCGUUGGUCGUCUUUACUGGAGUACUGAAGGCUCGGGGAAGAAUGUGCAGUGUGUGAGUCGGAGGCUUUGUGGUCUGGGCUCUGAAGAUGCACGUUCCUGACGGGUGGUUCGACUACUCCCGUUUCGGAAGCCCCAUAGACUCCACGAGGAUCGUGGCCGUCAAGACGCCGCUGAAGAAACAAUUCAACACUGGGAUGGCAGCCAACCACAGUGGGGACUACUCACGGAUACUCAGAGGCGUACCCAUUGAAGAAGAGUUCACACCGGGACAGAUGCUGGAGCUGUUCAAGGAGAGAGGCUGGAGAGUGGGUCUAGUCAUAGACCUCACCUACACCAAUAGAUACUACGAGCCACAAGAUUUUAUCGAUCACGGAGUGAGACACUCAAAAAUCAAGUGUCCUGGACAAAUCAUUCCUCCUGAUGACAUCUACCAGAGGUUGUGUGGAGAGUUAUCUGAGUUUCUGUCUGACCCAAACAACGAUGGCAGUCUUGUGGCAGUGCACUGUACCCACGGACUCAAUAGAACUGGCUACCUCAUAUGCAGAUACCUGAUGGAAAAGUGUGGUUACGAUGCUGAGACAGCUAUAGAAGCCUUCAACAGCGGCAGAGGUUGCGACAUUGAGCGGGAAAACUACCUCAAACAUCUGAGGAAUGGGUGUCCACAAGAUGAGCUGAGGAAAUCCCCUGCUAGAGACAGACUUGGAGAAACAGACCAUCUCAUCAGCGGUUCUCUCUCUUCCUCUGCUGCCCACCGCGGCCACCUACGCUGGCAGAGCGGUGGCGCGAGGCGUAACGAUGAGGAGGGAGAUAGGAGGAGUAGAGAGGAGGUGGCGAGGGAAAAAAGAGAGGCCGUAAGAGGUCCAUUAGCCCCAUCCAGUGGGAAACAGGAGAGCCCGGAUCUCAAACAGUUGUCGGCAGAGAGCUCUAUCGUGAACAGAGGAGGAGGGAUUACAGCGGUGAAGAUGAUGGUCGUGUGAGCCAAGGAGGACCCGCUAGGAAGAGAGGUGUCCUUGUUUUCAUUCUGUGUGCAGGAGCUCUUGGCUUUGUGUCUGCAAUAUUUUUCACAAGGCGAUGGCGAGCAAAACAUCUUUUAUAUACUUAGCUAGUCUCUUUAUUGACCUCAAUUAUAUUAACAAAGUUGUUUGAAAAUUUCACUAUAUAUUGGGUUCCCAAGGUGUAUCACGUUUACUCACUCUCCCAAGGCUUGCUUUACCGAAAUUCUCAUGUUAUCUUGAUGCAGCACACUACGGAGACGACGACUAUCGAUCAUUUCAAACCGGAGUGAACCGCUGGGACCGCCCCUCUCACCACACCACCCCGUGGAGACACACACACCACACACAGCACUCCCACGACGAGGCAGCCCCUCAAUAUCACGUGCACGAUUACUACUCCACUAGAAGAACCGACAGUUGGACAAACCCAGCUUCGCACUAUAGUCGCGCACCCCACUACGGAGGCAGUCAUGACGACAGGGCGUUGUACGAAAAUCGAGGAAGACGUAGGGAGCGGGAGAGGACACAAAAGAAGAGAAUCCCUAAAAGAUGAUUGUCAAUCUUCUCAAAAAUGUAAAAAAUUUUUCACACACACACACACAAAUACAUAGAUAUCCACUUCACACACUAUACUAUACUAAUCAUGUAUAAUAUAAAAAUAAAAAAACUCACAACAAAUUCGUUACACUGAGGAGCUCACGUGAUGUCUACAGUUCAGUGAGGCCCUCGACGGAGGCCAGGGUGAACAGAAAUGUCUCUGUCGCAGGGUUCAUCUUCCUCUUGUGCAGCAGUUCGAGAGAUAUCUUGCCGCUCUCCGGUGCCAGCCCCCUUCACGUUGUUGAUCAGCUCCUUUGUCUUCUUCGACACCUCCUUGAUGGUGCUAUUGUCACUGUGCUCUUCACUCUGAACGCACUGCAUCAUGUGGAUGGCGAUGUCCUUGUGCAGUUUGGUCAUCAUGAACGAAUCUUUUGCAUGUGGAGCUACUGUCAAGGUUGCUUCAGGAACGUUGAUGAGAAGGUCGUAGAGGUCGGUCCGACCCUGGACAGAGGGGGUCCAGGAAUCCUGCGAUGUACGUGCUGUGUUUUGCGAGGUCCUCCAUUUCUCCCUUGUGCUCCAGACUCAGCUGUGGAAACACCACGUUCCAGUUCUGUCGGUGCCACACAAACAGUGGAAUAGUCCUGCACACCCCCCACACACGGUCAUAGAGAGAGAGAGAGAGAGACGUGUGUGUAUGUGUGUGCGUGUGAAAAAGGGUGCGUAUAAUGGUUAGGCUUACUAGCAAAAUCGCUUGUUUGAAUAAAGCAAUGCCUAUGCAUAUAUACUUGGCAAAAAAAACUAUUGAUUGUUGUGAACUCAAGUACCAGUAGA